AUGGGUUAUCAAAGCUCGAAGGAUCAAAUCACGUACAACUCCGACAGUUGUCUAAAUCAAAAUGAAGCUGAUCAACUCGGAAGCCUCAUCCUGGAAGAGCUUCGGUGGACAAGAGACAUCGCAAUGGGACAAAUGAUUCUCAUAAUGGGUGUUAAGCUAAUAUACGGAAUACUCGAGACAUUAGACAGAAGAAUGAGGGCACUCACGAGUAACACUAGGCACAAUUGCAACGGAUAG